UUUUGGUUUUUAAUCAGAGCAACCGCUAGGGUCUGCAGCUGCAAUGACAGAAAGCUAUUUGUAUUCGGGCACUGAUUAUAAUUUAAACCCGUCCAAUACGGUAACCGAGUGCAAACAGUUAGCUCAGCGGUCACAGAUGCCAAGCUUCAAGCGCAGCCAAUCUGUGCGGUGCCUGAUUAUCGAGCAAAGCAAGUCGAGGGAAAAGUGCACCGGCCAAAGCAUCAAAUUUUCUGCGUGGAAUUUUCGGGCGUGUUUUAUAUUUUUUCGUACUCUGGCUUCAAAUUGGAUUUCUUCUGCGGAACUGUGCACUCAAUUUUGGUUUGGAUUAUCGCUGAUGUGCAAUAAAACGAAAUGCGCUAAAAACUUUUUAACUGGACAAAACUCGUUGCAAUGGAGUUUAGCUUGAUAUACUUUUUCUGCACUUCUCAUUUUGCUUCCGUUUUCUUUAUGCUUGCUAACAACAAAGAAAGUAAUGCUAAGCUU